GUGUGUGAACAGAGCAGCUAAGCCGCAGAGUGAGGAAGCAUCGCCCCAGGAGCAGCAGAAGGCUCCCCCCAUUGUCGGGGGCUUCCAUGGGAACAAAAUCUUAGGGCUGAAAUAUGAAGACAUUGACUGUCUGAUCAACGAUGAGCACACUAUUAAAGGCCGAAGGGAAGGGAAUGAGAUCUUUCUGCCUUUCUCCUGGGUGGAGAAGUACUUUGAGGUCUACGGGAAAAUUGCCCAAUAUGAUGGCUACGACCGGUUUGAGUUCUCCCAUAGUUACUCCAAAGUGUACACCCAGAGAGCCCCCUACCAUCCAGAUGGCGUUUUUAUGUCAUUUGAGGGCUAUAAUGUGGAAGUCCGGGACAGAGUGAAGUGCAUCAGCGGCGUUGAAGGUGUGCCGCUUUCCACGCAGUGGGGGCCUCAAGGCUACUUUUAUCCCAUCCAGAUUGCGCAAUACGGGCUCAGCCAUUACAGCAAGAAUCUGACGGAGAAACCUCCCCACGUUGAAACGUAUGAAACGGCGGAAGAGAGGGAGCAGGGCAGCCCACCAGGCAAAUGGACGGUUCCCAAAGGCUGUUUUGUCACCACGUUGCUGGACAAAUCCAGAUUCACAAAUGUCAAGCAGUUUGUUGUUCCUGAGAACUCCGAGGGAGCGUCUCUCCAGCUGGGGAACACAAAGGACUUUGUCAUUUCCUUUGACCUUAAAUUAUUAACGAAUGGGAGCGUUUCAGUGGCUCUUGAGACGACCGAGAAGAACCAGCUGUUUACAGUGCACUACGUCUCCAAUUCUCAGCUGAUUGCUUUUAAGGACAAAGACAUUUUCUAUGGAAUCGGGGCCAGGACCAGUUGGAGCACAAUCACACGAGAUCUUGUCACCGAUUUAAGAAAGGGCGUGGGACUCUCUCACACUAAAGUGGUCAAACAGACCAAAAUUAUGCCCAAAAGAGUGGUGAGGCUGACCGUGAAGGGGAAGGGCUUCAUCGACAACGUCACAAUUUCAACCACUGCCCACAUGGCAGCCUUUUUCGCCGCCAGUGAUUGGCUGGUGAGGAACCAGGAUGAAAAGGGUGGCUGGCCAAUCAUGGUAACCCGGAAGCUAGGAGAAGGGUUUAAGUCUUUGGAUCCAGGUUGGUACUCUGCCAUGGCACAAGGACAGGCGAUCUCCACCUUGAUUAGGGCUUACCUGUUGACGAAGGAGCGUACCUUCCUCGGUUCGGCUCUGCGAGCAACAGCCCCUUACAAGCUCCUGUCGGAGCAACGUGGCGUGAGGGCUGUCUUCAUGAACAAAUACGACUGGUACGAGGAGUACCCAACCUCGCCCAGCUCCUUCGUUUUAAACGGGUUCAUGUACUCUCUGAUUGGCCUGUAUGAUUUAAAGGAAACGGCCGGUGAGAAGCUGGGCAAAGAAGCGAAGCUGCUGUAUGACCAGGGCAUGGACUCCUUAAAGGCCAUGCUCCCCUUUUACGACACGGGGUCAGGAACCAUCUAUGACCUCCGCCACUUCAUGCUGGGCACAGCUCCCAAUUUGGCCCGGUGGGAUUACCACACCACCCACAUCAACCAGCUCCAGCUGCUGAGCACCCUAGACGAGGCCCCCGUGUUUAAAGAGUUUGUCAAGCGGUGGAAGAGCUACCUGAAAGGCGGCAGGGCAAAGCACAAUUAAGCUGAGCUGACAACCAAAACCACCUUUCCUUGGUCCGCGGUGCUUGGGAGUUGCCACCUUUAAGUAGAAAAGUGGGACUUGUGGAACAAGGGUGUCUGCUGUGUGGGUGUGUAUGCUUUUUAUUUAAAAAAAAAUGAUUUCGGUUUUCAAAGAAGUGGUCCUUAAAACCCCUUUAUAAUCAAUUGCAUUCCAGAGGAUAAAUAUUUUAGAGAUGGCACCAGAGCAGGCAUCCCAUAAUUGGACCGAAUCAAAACUUGUUUACUUACCACAGUGAUCCAUGAUGAUACUUAAUGCAGAAUAUAGUGUGUACUUCUGAUUUCCCCUCUUCUUUUAAGAGAAAUUCAUGACAGACUCCCAAUUUUGUUGCCUGGAAUUUUGCAGAAAAAUGAGAAUCCGUUUUCCUUAAAAAGAAAAAAAGUGAGACUUUUUUUUAAAAAAUGUAGCUUUACAACAGCAUUUCCUGUUUGCUUGUAUUCUCCAGAUUGGUUGGUUAUGUUGAUUAAUUUUUUUCUCCUUGUUGAAAAAAAAUCAAAAUGUUUUGGUUUCUGUAUUGAGGGAUAAAUUCCAACAGUGAUUUUGUUGUUAUCUUUUUAAAAUCUCUUGGGGAUGAGACUUUUCCAGGAAUGUUAGCGCCGCUCCUUGGAAGCAGAGGGGGCUGUAGAAGUUACACCUGGUGCUUGUCCACUUCUCAUUUGCCUCUUGGGAGGUUUCCCCAGGCGUUUCUGGUGGGAUGGUAUCCAUCUGUACGUUUGAAUGUUCUUCGAGCACAACUACAAGCAGGUUGAGUUGAUUGCACAAAUAUUGUAGCCAUUUUGACAGUGUCUCCCUUGCCUUGACCUGCGUUCUUCCACCCAAUUUUGAUGCUGUUACUCUUUUACAUGUAACACUGUUUGGUUUUUUUAUAUGUACUGUUGUAUGCAGUUUAUUUUCUUGAGAAAUUUAAACUGUUUCCUUUCAGGCUUGUAUUGAUUGAAAUAUAAUGUAUAUUAUUUGGAAAAAUAUUUCUCUGAUUUUGUUAGAAUGUCUGAAAUACCACAAAUGUUUGGUUGGUUUGCUUGUUUUCUUUUUGCAGCUUUCUCUUGAUUGAGAAAGUGAGUUGAAUGUUUCUGUACUU